AAUUAAUAUAUCCAUCGAACCAAAUAGAAAUGGCUUUUAAAUCUGUUUCAAAACUCUCAAAUCUCAAGUAGCCGACGCUUCCCGAUCCGUUUCCAAGAACAACGCGAAAAAAACUGGGAACGAAUAUCUUCUUAUAUGGGCAAGCUCUCCUAAUAAGGCAGGCUAUUAAAAGCGCGAAUAUUCGCAGUGUUUCCCGCGUUGGUUACUAGAGCACAUUUAACAGCACACUCGUUCACUUCGUUUGUUUAAAACAAUUAGAAUGAAGCAUACGAAAGAAGAAAUUUGUCAAAUGCGCAAUGCCAGAAAGAAGAGAAAGCGGCAACAGAAAUCAGAAAUAAAGCGCGCAAAGAUAGUUGAAGACGCGGUCCGUGAUGUUCGUGCGGAAGCUGAUCAAUGCAAGAGCCAAACAACAAACUUUGGAAAAAAUGUCUGAAAGCCAAUAAUCAACUGAAACGACUAUUUAACGAUAAAACGAAUAAGAAGGUAUAUUGUAUAUAUGCCACACAUCUUCAAGUAUAAUAUUGAUAUAUUCAAAUAUAUUUAUUUAAUAUAUUCAGGGCCGUACGCACGAUUUUUUCCACCAGGGGGGUAGUAAGGCCUAUAUGCCGAAUAAGCUAUAUGCCCAAGUCCCAAAUACCCAAAGAAUAAUUAAUAAUGUCAUUCUAAAAAUCGUAAAUAUAGUUUUCUCUGGGGAGGGGGUAGUUGCCCCCCUUGCUGUGUAGGCCCUGAUUAUAUUAAAUAAAUAAAUAAAUAAGUAUUAAAUGCCAGGAGGGGGGGGGGGUUGCUAACCUCUUCAAUUUUAGAGUCUCAAUAUACAUUUAGGGACAGUUUAUAUCUUUAAUUUGCACAUCCAAGGAGUCUGACAUGCAUGUUCCGAUUUACAGAGAACUAAGCUAUAUUUUUAUCAGAAUUACCAUAGAGGGAGCAUCCUCAUUCCCAAGGCUUCUAAGUGGCUGCCUGCAUUGCCAUAAGCCCUGAGACAAGCCGAACCGGAAGUGUGAAUUUAUUGGUCACUGGAAACCAAUGCCAGUAUGGAUGAGCAAACACCAGGAUCUCUGGUGUUCCGGUUUCGGCUUGCCUCAGGUUCAGGGCUUAUGAUAAUAAUAUAUACAAGCCCUUAUACAGUAAUAAUAACAGUGGUAAAUAAUGUUCUCAUCCUUUAUUUUUAAAAUAGAUUAUAAACCAGAAAAAUAUGUGUUCCAAUCCUAACAUCAAGUAUCCAUCAAUAAAUGUAAUCUCUCCUGAUGAGUUAGUGAUUGCAAAUGUUGAAUCCAUAGGGAGUGGUGUCUUUGGCAAUUGUUUUUUACACGACUAGGCAUAAAUGUGGUUGAAAAGCAGCUCAAUAAUGGUGAUAUUGAUCAGCUAUAUAACGAAGCAAAGCACAUGCAAGUCUUUUCCCACCGAUGUAUACCACAUCUAUUUGGAAUACAGGUAGAGAGAAAACCAUUGUCACUGAUCAUGGAAUUUGUGGAAGAGAACAACCAGUCAAUUAUAUGACAGUGUACAAGGUGUUGUAUGAUCCAACUGCAGAGAAAACAAAAUUGGGUAUGUCCAUAGCAGACUGGCUUCGCAUCUGUUAUGAUAUUGCAGAUGGGUUAGAUCAUAUGCACCAGAAAGGCUAUUUAUACUGUGACCUAAAAACAAAUAAUGUUUUUAUCUCCAAAAAGAAGGGCUAUAUUAUUGACUUUGGUAAAGUACGUAAGAUUACACACUCUUCUGCCAAAAAGUACAAAGAAGUCUUUAGCCAUAUUGCACCAGAGGUACUUCAAGGCUCUCCUGCGACCACAGCCAGUGAUGUGUAUUCUUUUGGAAAAAUCUUGAAAGCCAUUGCACAAGAGGUUAAUAGUACUGUACUGCUUCAGUUAGGUAAAACAGCCAUAAGUAGCGAUCCCAGAAAAAGGCCAACUCUUCUAGGACUACUGAUUGCUCUCAACGCAGAGAAAAUUCACUGACACUGAUUAUUAAAUUCAUCAAUCUAAACAAAUAUGAGCCAGAAUCACAAUUAACCCAUUUACUACCAGUACUCUACCACUGAUGAGUAAAAUCGCCUGGCGUUGGACGGAGUAAAUACUAAAGUAGGGUGCUUUUGGGCACAUUGCCUGCUAAUGGGUCAAACAGAACAUAAAUCUGUACAGUAUAUUGCAAAAAUAUUAGUUGUGACUUUGGCUACCAGAUAAAGCUUUACUGGACCAUGUCCCCUUACUGUGGUGCAAUACAGCAUUUACUUAUAUAAAAU